AUGUCGAUACCUCCGUUAGUGUGCAGUACUCCUCCUCCGCCAGACCAGUGUGAAGAGGAUAAACACAUUGAUGAAUUUGAUUUACAAUAUAGAUUGUCACCAGAGGACGAAGAUGAAAAUGAUGAAUAUAAUUAUGGAAAUUUUAAUAAUUUCCAUGAUGCUAUGUCUAAUAAUGAUGACUCGGAACCACAAAAUGAAACCAGUAAAGAAAAGACUGAUCAUAGCAUUAUUGAAAUAAUUAAACAUUCUAAACCCAGCCCAAGUAAGCAAAAUUCCAUAGAUAAAGUAACCAUUGAUGAUGUGGCUAUUGAAGACUUAAACUUAAAGGUAGAGCAAGAAAGUGAUCUUGUAGAUCAGGUAGAAAGUAAUAAUAGUAAUGUAGAUGAAAAUUCAGACACAUAUGGAAUAACAUGUUUUACACCGCAUAUAGAAUCCCCUGGUAAAAGUACAUUAUGUAUAAACUCUAAUGUAGUAACAGAAGAGUGUAAUGAGGAAAAUGAAGUAGAAAGUGUGAUACCAGAAUUAAAUGAUUUAUCUCUAUUUUCUAAAGAAGGGGAAGAAUCACCAACCAAAUUAUUAGAACAUUCUGAGGGUUAUAUUGUGAGUAAUGAAGUCCUUGUAGAAAACAUAACAUCUGAAUGUGAAGAAUAUAAACAAGAUUUGCAAACAUCCGAUGAUUUUGAUGACUUUGAAGAUUUUAAGUUCACUACAAACAGCAAUUAUAACAUUAUUGAAAGUGCUGGUAAUCCUUGGGAAAGUAAGGAUCCAAAGGAUUUUAACUUUGGGGAUUUCAAAGCCAAUUUUGAUGCUAAUGAAACUAUAGAUGAAGAAUUACAUAAUGAGAAACUAAAUAAUGAAAUUAUCAUUAGUCAAGCUGAACUAGAUAAUAAUGAAGAUGAAGAUUUUGGCGAUUUUGAUGAUUUUAAGUCUUCAGUAAAUAAAGAAAUAGUAGAAGAACAUGCUUCGCAACAUGUCACUGUUUUAAACUUUCAAAGUAAUGACAAUGAGGGCCAGGUUAUAGAAAGUAUAAAAAAUAUUUUAUUUAAUAUCUUUCCUGACGAUUUACCAGAUUCUGAAACAGCAUUUGAUGGAAAUCUUGAGUCUUCACUAGGUGAAACAUGGCAUCAUUUGAAAGAAAUUGAUGUUAGACAGCCUUACAUUGUAUAUUGGAAUAAUUCUCUUGGUCAAAAAACUCUUUUAAAGGCCCUAUGCAUUGAUUCACGAAAUAUUUUGUUUGGCCCUAAGUGGAAUUCCUCGAUGCCAAAAUAUGCAACAAAUUUAAGUGGAGCACCUCUAAAACCCCAAAAAUCUCCUACUACACCACAGCAACCAGACCUCAGUGCUGAAAAAAGUAAAGAAAACAUCACAUGGACAGAUCCUUUUACUUCAACUGGACAAGGAUACACUUAUGCCGAAGCUCUACUCCUAGAUUUAGAACACCUCAUGACCACUUUAGAUCAAAUGGCUCACAAACAGUCUACUCUAAAAAUAUCAGAGUUACUUUCAACUGCUAACAGUUCAGACAGAGAAAAGACCUUAAAAGAGUCUCGACCGGCAGAUCUGAAUGUCUUUGGAAGCUCCAUUACAGUAUCAAAAUUAGACAAGAUCCAUUCGAGUACACUCAGUGUGCAACCUCUUAGACAUAUCAAUUUGCCUGAUACACAUAUAUUUACUCCUACUGACUCUGAAACUCCAAGAUCAAAAACAAUUCAUUACGACGUUACACCACCUGUAUUAUUACCACAAUCAAUAGAGAACCACAGCAUUAACCCAGAGAUAUCUACCCAAAAAAAGUCUACCUUUGAAAAUAAUGAUGAUUACUGGGAAUUUCAAGAUUUUAAAGGUACAGCUGAAAGUGCCCAAAAUAUGGAUAUAAAAACAGAAGAAACUGUUAAUCCAAAUGCAGGAAUGGUUCUUCAAAGUCAAUUAUUGCAACCAGUCAAAGUUGAGCCAACCAUGCCCACAUUAAACUGGCCAGAUCCUGGCGAGGUUAAGGAGACAUUUGAUGAUUUUUCUGAUUUUGUAUCUAGUACUGCUUGGAAUAAUGAUAAUUCAAGUACUACGGAGGCUGCAUCUCACCUGCCAAGUGCUAGCCUUAUUGGAACAGCACCUUGUGAUAAUGUAGAGGAUGAAUUUGAAUCAUUCCAAUCUGCUCCUACACCUGCAUUUAAUCAGAUAUGUGCAGAAACCUUGUUACCAGAAACUAGUAAAUUUAGCAAUGAGGUCAUACAUAGACUUCCAUCGGAUACAAUGAACAUUAGGCCAAACGAAGUCUUCACACCGAACACUAUCCAGAAUCAUAAUAUUUCUGUGAACUUGUCCUCAAAAUCUAGUCCAGUGAAUACGUCAAUUUUAAAACCUAUAAAUCCCGGCCCGAGUGUUGUUCGCCCCCAAAAAGCAGGACAAAUUUUACAACCGCUUUCUCUCGAAAGUUAUUCACAGAUAAAUUGGCCCAAACCUGGUAUAGAUUUACAAAAUCUUUCAAGUUUCAAUCCUCUCGAAAGCUUCGAAGCAUUCAAAAGUGACUCCAGCUCGAGCGGAGCCAGCAAAGGCGCAUCGCCGGUGCACAAAAUAGCUUCUGUCACCGUGAACGAAACGCUCGAUGACGAUGUUUGGGGUGACUUCGUUUCGAACAAACCCAAACAUGCGGCUCCAAAGAAGCCACAGUUAGUCGCAGACGACGAUGAAUGGACAGACUUUGUGUCGAGUCCGAGCAUAUCACAGAACAGCCUUAAAACCAUAAGCUUCAAUGUUGCAACCAAUUCGACAAUGCAAAAAAUGUCGAAUCAAAGUGUUUCUAAAAAUAAUCAAAUAGCACUGGAUAUUCCGGUUCUCAAUUACAUAACUCCGAAGUCGAACAGCCGCGGCAUGUGUGUUGAUAAACAUUUUCAAAAUUUAUAA